AUAUUCGCCAUUUUUUAAUGGAAUAACACUACUGGCCAUGCUGAUAUUUUUGCCAUUGUUGUUUGAAGGGACAGAGGCUUUGCAAUGUCUAGGAAAAAGUGGAGAAUUUGAGUGCUGUAAUGGUUAUAUGUGGAAUGAUAUCACAAAAGAUUGCAGCACAAGGUGUCCUCCUGGUUACUUCGGUGUAAACUGUACCAGACAUUGUAGUCCUGGUCGAUAUGGGAAUGGAUGUGCCUACCAGUGCGCUGAGUGUGAAAAGACUGAGUGCAAUGUUUCCUAUGGGUGCCCAGUGACCAAAACAGAAAUAACAAGACUGACAUUACAUCCAAGAAGAGAACAAUUUCAGGGUACCAGAAACUCCUCUCAAGAAAGCAUUGACAAAGACAAGAAUACAGAGAACAUUUUGCAGAUUUUAUCCCUUUGCUUCUCAGUUGGAAUAUUUGCCGUUAUUACCACAGUAUUUGCUUACAGGCAUAUUUGCAGAAACCUUAUGAAAACCAAUGCAAGUCCUCAGGCUGAAAAUAAUAGUUCAAUGAACGUGGAUAAAAACUACGAGGUACUUAAUAAUAAAACCGUCUACAGUGGAAUGGCAAACGUCCAGAUAAACCUUAACAGGGUGGAAAAAAAUUUCUCCAUUUUCCUGAAUACUGAAGAAAGCACCAACAUAGAUGCAUUACUUCAGUUAGAGAACAUGGAACCCAGAUGUCCUAACACUUUAGGGGGCUCGGUGAAUGGAAGUGUAAAACAUUAUGAGACUGUUUGUUGAAUAUUUUUUUCUUACUUUAUCAUUUCAUAUUCAUACAUUUUUUAAACCUCUUUACAACUAUUGUUUCAUUUAACGCAAAUAUAAAUCCACACUUUAAUCUUAGGGGAGACCCUAAAGAAGAAAGGUGAAGUCACGAUGAUAAACUGUUCGGUAAGAAUGAAUGAAAUAGCGCUCUUGAUUAAUAUUCAAGACGCAGGAGCGUU